ACUCACAUGAAAUUCCUCCUAACCCACUUGCGUCUCAGUAUACCCCUCUUCCUACCGUAUACGGAGAUUGUGUUGGGAUUGCAUCGCAACCUAGCAGCCAUAUCACCGAGGGACAACCCCAAUCCUAUCCAUUCCACUAUCUUCCCCCUAUGAUCAUCCAACUUGGAGGGUAUGGUUAUGGGUUCGAAUCCCAUUGGCCCUAUUUUCUGAUAAUUGGUAUUCAUAUUACUCGUAUAGUUGCAAAUAAAGCUAAGGAACAAUACCGUAUUAGAAUACCAAUAAGGGAGGUUCCUAAAGUACAACAGCUGAGGGUCCUAGGGCGGUGUAGUUUGUCACCAGCUCUCCUUAUGGCUUCUAUUUCUUCGGCCCGGCCUAGUCCAGGGGCCGGUCCUCAACGAGGGCAUCUACCUCGGCCGAGAGCUGUUGCCUACCUAGCACCUUUAGCUCAAUCGGAUAGAGCGUCGGUCUUCGAAACCGCCUUGGCCUGUGACCGCCGGGGCCCUCCCCCGACCGACCAAAAAACCUACUCAUUGGUAGGGCUCGGGCUAAGCCCUCAAAAUACAACACCCGGGACACCAGGAGCCCUAGGCCUCGGGGGGAAUCCAAGAGCAGCACACUGCUAUAUGUUCCAAAGCACUGCUAUUAAUGAAACUAUGGUUGAACCUUCUGUUUUCUACGCUAAUACGGUAAACUUUCCUUAUAAUUUGUUUGAUUUCUUUCUAAGGUCUUACAAACCUCAUUGGGAAGCUAGAGUUCACAUUAGUGAUCUCCGUUUAACUUAUGACCCAGGAGGAAAGAUGGCUGCUUGUUUUGCCCGUGGAGUAACCUUUAUGAAGACCAAACCAAAGAGACUAGAAAAUUCCUCUGAGGGAUCAUUAAGGGAUAGUUCUACCGAGGGGUAA